AUGGAGUCGUUAAUACAAAUAGAACCGUCGAAUUGGGCACAAUUACAAGAUAUUUUUAGAGAAAACUGGCCUAGAUACGUUGUUCCCUAUAUGCUAUUAGACACACACAUGAAAUAUCCCGAUUUAACUAAGUUAUUCCAAUUAAAGGUGUACUGUCCGUAUGGACAAUUUUCUAAUGGGAUUGUGGCCAUACUAAACAAUGAAACUAGCCAAGACCUAAUUAUGUAUCCGUUAAACGAUACAUCUGCAAUGGAAGAAUGUCUAAGAACAACUAAAUUAAUAAAAUGGGACAAACCUAUCGAAAUACAAUCUACAACCGAGGAAGUUCUGCAGAUGAUAACGAGGUUAUGUAGUAAGCUGAAGAUAGAAAUAAGUGAAAAGGAAAAGGUUUUCACGCAAUAUCUUGAUAAAGAUACUGGAAUAUUUACAGACGUAAAACUUCCAGAAGACACAUAUGUCGGACAGUUAGUACCAAAACAUUUAAGCCUUGUGGACAGUACGUGGCCCUAUAAAAGCAGCUGGUCGCAGAACUUUUUCAAAUGUUUAAUGAACAAUGGUUUGACGUAUGUCCUGUACUCUUCCGACCACGAACCUCUCGCGUGGAUCACCUAUGAAGGAGUUUUAACUCACUUAUACUGUGUACCUGAACACAGGAACAAAGGAUACGCAGAGUUCAUAACGAAACACGCCAUCAAUUCUCUAUUACAGAGUGGGAAACAUGUUGUAGCUUAUAACGUUGAAACGAACGUAAAACCACAAAAACUAUUUUCGAAGUUAGGUUUUAAAACCAUCGGACACGUCUAUUGGACAUUUGUUGAGCCAAAAUAA